AUGAGGAAGAAGAAAACCAGUAAAUCUUCUUCAAUCUGUGUUGUGCAGCUGAACUUGUUGUCAGCACUCAGCAGGUGGUCUGAGAAGAAAAUGGUGAGCAUGAUUACAUCUUCUUCUCCAACAGCACCACCACCCUCAUACAUUCCCAAAUGCAUCCCUAAAACUCCAAGCAAUGUUCUUCACUCCCAAUUCCUCCACAAGUUCCCAUCAAUCUCAUCUUCACAUCACCAUCUCACCUAUCUUGCUCACAAAAGGCUUCUUCCCCUUCUCACUCCUAAAGCUUCAGUUGGGAGUGCAGAGUACAUUGUGGAGCCUGGGACUAGUGUGAGUUUCUCUAGGGAAAUCAGAGUUCCUGGUUGCUCUGAGUCACUUGUCUUGCUUGGCACUGGAUUCCGAGAGAAGAUCUUUGCAAUUAUUGGUGUCAAGGUCUAUGCUGCCGGAUUUUAUGUUGCUACCUCUAUCGAAGAAAAGUUGGAUUCUUGGAGAGGAAAACAAGCUUCUGAGAUAGUAAAAGAUUCGACAUUGUUUACAUCCAUUUUUACAGCACCAUUGCAGAAAUCACUGAAGAUUGUUCUAGUAAGAGAUGUUGAUGGCAAGACAUUCUGGAAUGCUUUGAAUGAUGUCAUCCUUCCUAGAAUCAAAGAACCUUCAUCUGCCGAUGAAUUUGCAUUAUCAACUUUUCGUGAUACUUUUCAGAAGCGUGAUUUGAAGAAUGGAACUCUUAUACUUCUGACUUGGGUAGAGCCAUCGAAGAUGUUGGUGUCUAUCUCAUCUGAUGGUUUUCCUUUAAGCACCGAUGCUGUUAUUGAAUCUGAGAAUGUCACCAUGGCUCUCUUCGAUGGAUACUUUGGGGAUUCUCCUGUUUCUCCUACUUUAAAGUCUUCGGUAGCCGAUGGUAUUGCUGUGUUACUUAACUGAGUUUUCCUCUAGGAUAGUUUUCCAUGAGCUUUUCAUAUUCAGUUUGGAUGACAACAAUGUGAAACUGCAACAUUUAGCUGUAAUGCAACAGUUUGGCACUUAUUUCUGCA